GGUCCUGACCCGGUCCUGCUGCUGCCAUGCCGACGUCCCGGCCUGGUUCUGCUCCGGUGGAGUUCUGGGUGGACGGGUCGCGGCGGGACGGGUUGGUGGAGGAGGUCUACACGCUGAGCUCCGAGCUGGGCAGAGGAGCGACGUCCGUCGUGUAUCGCUGUGAGGAGAAGCAGACUCAGAAACCCUACGCUCUCAAAGUACUCAAGAAAACGAUCGACAAGAAAAUAGUUCGCACAGAGAUCGGCGUCCUGCUGCGUCUUUCCCACCCAAACAUCAUCCAGCUGAAGGAGAUCUUUGAGACGGACACGGACAUCGCUCUGGUUCUGGAGCUGGUGACGGGAGGAGAGCUGUUCGACAGGAUCGUGGAGCGAGGUUAUUACAGCGAGAGAGACGCCGCUCACGUCAUCAAACAGAUCCUGGAGGCUGUGGCGUAUCUCCAUGAGAACGGAGUCGUGCAUCGAGACCUCAAACCGGAGAACCUCCUGUACGCCGACCUCUCAUUGGACGCUCCGCUGAAGAUCGCCGACUUCGGUUUGUCCAAAAUCAUCGAUGACCAGGUGACCAUGAAGACCGUCUGUGGCACGCCGGGCUACUGUGCUCCAGAGAUCCUGAGAGGAAACGCUUACGGCCCUGAGGUGGACAUGUGGUCGGUGGGCGUCAUCCUCUACAUCCUACUCUGUGGGUUCGAGCCCUUCUUCGAUCCGAGGGGGGACCAGUACAUGUACAGCAGAAUCCUCAACUGCGACUACGAGUUCGUGUCUCCGUGGUGGGACGACGUGUCCCUCAACGCCAAGGACCUGGUCAGUAAGCUGAUCGUCCUCGACCCUCACAAGCGCCUCAGUGUCCGGGAGGCCUUGCAGCACCCAUGGGUUCUGGGCAAAGCCGCCCGCUUCUCCCACAUGGACACGGCCCAGAGGAAGCUACAGGAGUUCAAUGCUCGCCGCAAACUGAAGGCUGCCAUGAAGGCCGUCGUGGCCACCAGUCGGAUGCACGAGGGUUCGCGGCGUCGCACCGACAGCUGUGAGAUUCCAGGCUCGGGGACUUCCAGGCAGAGCAGCAUGCAGCAGGACCCGCCUCCUGAGUCCACAAGCCCCACCCCUGCAGACAAAGAAGCCCCACCCCCAGAUCAGCAGUCGCCGCACGAAGACGAAUCAAAGCCUGCCGCCCAAAGUGCCCCCAGCCCCUCCCCUCCACGCAGCCCCAAACCACCCAGCUCUGAUGUCACGCCCGUAGGCUCCGCCCCCACCAGACCGCCACUGCGGGCCGACGGGCUACGACAGGCAUCCGUCAUCCCCAAAACCAUUCCGGUGAAGCCACGACUGCCACAGAAGAGCUGCUCUGUGGUAGAGCCCACCUCGAGGGUCGAGGUCCCGCCCACACUGACCACGCCUCCCAGCCCCAGCAGCCUCAGCAACGGCUUCAUGCCGGGGGCGGAGCCUGCCAGCAAGACCGCCCACUGCCAGUGAUUAGCUGAACAGAGACACGAAAUAAUAUUCAGCCUUCCACCUUACAAAACGUCUAAAAUCAUUUAAUGGGACCAAAAUAACCGAAAGUAUCUGUAUCACCUAACAUUUAAC